AAUAUACAGAGUGAUCAAUAUGCAUGAGGGCGCGAUGACGCAAACGCGCGGUGGCGCGAAAUUCGGGUCAGGUGGGCAUUUGGCGCCAAAGUCUUCCUCGCUGCCGAGGAGAGCGACGCGGAGCCACAAUGGCGGAUUCUUCUGAGUCAUUCACCAUGGCGACUAGCCCCAAUCAAACCCCUCGGCGAGGAGAUGCCUUGACCUCCAGUCCAGGAAGAGAUCUCCCACCAUUUGAAGAUGAGUCGGAAGGAUUGUUGGGAACUGAUGUGCUGGCAGAGGAGGAAGAGGAUGGCGAGGAUCUGAUGGGAGAUGACCUUGAGCGUGAUUACCGUGCUAUUCCUCAACUGGAUGUCUAUGAGAGGGAUGGUCUGGAUGAUGGUGAGGACUUGGAGGAUAUGACUGCCAGCCAACGAGCAGAAGCAGAAAGAGAAAUGCGAAGGAGAGACCACGCAGAGGGUUUGGGCCAGGGUCGGAUGAGGAUAGACCUCCUGUAUGAGAGUGACGACGAGGAUGAAGAGCGACCUGCGAGGAAGCGACGUUUAGCGGAGCGAGCAGCUGAUGGAGCGGCUGAGUAUGAUGAGGAGAUGAUUGAAAGCAUUGAAAACCUGGAGGACAUGAAAGGCCACUCGGUCAGAGAGUGGGUUUCCAUGGCAGCACCUCGACUAGAGAUCUACCACCGUUUUAAGAACUUCCUCCGGACCCAUGUCGAUGAGCAUGGGCACAAUGUUUUCAAGGAGAAGAUUAGUGACAUGUGUAAAGAAAACCGAGAGAGCCUGGUGGUUAAUUAUGAGAACCUGGCAGCCAGAGAACACGUGCUAGCCUACUUCCUGCCUGAGGCCCCGGCAGAAAUGCUAAAGAUCUUCGAUGAAGCAGCCAAAGAGGUUGUACUCUCCAUGUAUCCAAAGUACAACCGGAUUGCGAAGGAGAUCCACGUCAGAAUCUCCAGCCUCCCUCUGGUAGAGGAACUCCGAUCACUCAGACAACUUCACUUGAAUCAGCUGAUCCGGACAAGUGGAGUGGUUACCAGUUGUACCGGGGUCUUGCCACAGCUCAGUAUGGUCAAGUACAACUGUAACAAGUGCAACUUCAUCCUGGGACCAUUCUUUCAGUCCCAGAACCAGGAAGUGAAACCAGGCUCUUGCCCCGAGUGUCAAUCUAUGGGACCAUUUGAAAUCAACAUGGAGGAGACUGUGUACCAGAAUUACCAAAGGAUCACCAUUCAGGAAAGCCCAGGCAAGGUUGCCGCUGGGAGGCUGCCUCGCUCAAAAGAUGCCAUCCUUUUGGCAGACUUGGUGGAUAGCUGUAAACCCGGUGAUGAAAUUGAACUCACUGGUAUAUAUCACAAUAAUUACGAUGGUUCCCUCAACACAGCCAAUGGCUUCCCAGUCUUUGCAACAGUAAUCAUGGCAAAUCAUAUCACAAAAAAGGACAAUAAAGUCGCCGUUGGUGAGCUUACCGAUGAAGACAUGAAGGCUAUUGUGAUGCUCUCCAAAGAUGAGGUCAUUGGUGAACGAAUAUUUGCCAGCAUUGCUCCUUCUAUAUAUGGUCAUGAAGAUAUAAAAAGGGGGCUCGCAUUGGCACUGUUUGGAGGAGAAGCCAAAAAUCCAGGUGGGAAGCACAAGGUGCGCGGAGACAUAAAUGUCCUUCUGUGUGGUGACCCUGGCACAGCAAAAUCACAGUUCCUGAAGUAUGUUGAAAAGGUCUCCAGUCGAGCAAUCUUCACCACCGGUCAAGGCGCUUCUGCUGUUGGUCUUACUGCUUACGUACGGAGGAACCCAGUGAGCAGAGAAUGGACUUUGGAGGCUGGGGCUCUGGUGUUGGCAGAUAGAGGGGUCUGCCUCAUAGAUGAGUUUGACAAGAUGAACGAACAGGACAGGACCAGUAUUCACGAGGCUAUGGAACAGCAGAGCAUAUCCAUCUCCAAGGCUGGUAUCGUCACCUCUCUGCAGGCCAGAUGCACGAUCAUUGCUGCUGCCAACCCUAUUGGUGGUCGGUAUGAUCCAUCUUUGACAUUUGCAGAGAACGUAGAUCUCUCGGAGCCCAUUGUUUCCAGAUUUGAUGUUCUGUGUGUUGUUCGAGACACAAUUGACGCUGUUCAGGAUGAACUACUGGCUCGUUUUGUAGUGGCCAGUCACGUCAAAAAUCACCCGAGCAACAAAGAGAAUGCCAACGAAGAAGCAGAUGAAACUUGCCUCCCAAACACCUUUGGUGUGGAUCCAAUUCCACAGGAGCUGCUGAAGAAAUAUAUCAUUUAUGCCAAGGAGAGAGUCCACCCCAAGCUGAAUCGGAUGGAUCAGGACAAAGUGGCAAAGAUGUACAGUGACCUCCGAAAGGAGUCCAUGGCCACGGGCAGUAUUCCCAUUACAGUGCGACACAUUGAAUCUAUGAUCCGCAUGGCCGAGGCGCACGCUCGCAUUCAUCUAAGAGACUAUGUGAUGGAGGAUGACGUCAACAUGGCCAUUCGGGUCAUGCUGGAGAGCUUCAUCGACACACAGAAAUUUAGCGUCAUGAGGAGCAUGAGGAAGACGUUUUCACGGUAUUUGACAUUCAAGCGUGACAAUAAUGAGCUGCUGCUCUUUGUUCUGAAGCAGUUGGUGGCUGAACAGGCCACUUAUCAGCGCAACAGGUAUGGAGCGCAGCAAGACACGAUUGAAAUCCCAGAAAAGGAUUUGGUUGAUAAGGCACGCCAGAUCAACAUUCACAACAUGUCUGCAUUCUACGAAAGUGAUCUCUUCAGAAUUAACAAAUUCACUCAUGACGUGCGAAGGAAGCUAAUUGUACAGCAGUUCUAAUUAAAGAUAAAACGAAGAAUCUGCGGGAGCUGACAGAAUGUAAAGACUGCUGGCAUCUCUUAGGAGCAGGCAGAUGAUUGUAGUGAUGAAUGAAUUACUGAAUACAGGAUGGGUCUAAUAUGAAAAUCACUGCAACUCGCCAAAAACUAUUUCCACCUAAUACGUGAACUCUCAAACUAACUCCAUCUUGUUUUCACCAUUCUGCCUUUUAUGAUUCCAAUAUACCAACAAAUACUUGGAUUUUGACAAUAAAAA